GGGGGCCCGCGCCCCGCCGGGCGCCGCCGCCCUGGCCGCCAUGUGCUCCCAGCUCUGGUUCCUGACGGACCGGCGCAUCCGCGAGGACUACCCGCAGGUGCAGAUCCUGCGCGCCCUCCGGCAGCGCUGCUCCGAGCAGGACGUGCGCUUCCGGGCGGUGCUCAUGGACCAGAUCGCCGUCACCAUCGUCGGCGGCAACCUCGGCCUGCAGCUGAACCAGAAGGCGCUCACCACUUUCCCAGACGUGGUGCUUGUCCGGGUGCCCACACCCUCAGUGCAGUCGGACAGUGACAUCACCGUCCUGAGACACCUGGAGAAGUUGGGCUGCCGCUUAGUCAACCGCCCACAGAGCAUUCUAAACUGCAUCAACAAAUUCUGGACAUUCCAGGAGCUGGCUGGACAUGGGGUCCCCAUGCCGGACACCUUCUCCUAUGGUGGGCAUGAAGACUUUUCAAAAAUGAUCGAUGAAGCCGAGCCGCUGGGCUACCCGGUCGUGGUGAAGAGCACGCGCGGACACCGGGGAAAAGCUGUUUUUCUCGCAAGAGAUAAACACCACCUCUCAGACAUCUGCCAUGUGAUCCGCCACGAUGUGCCCUACCUGUUCCAGAAGUACGUGAAGGAGUCCCACGGAAAGGAUAUCCGGGUGGUGGUAGUAGGUGGCCAGGUGAUAGGCUCUAUGCUUCGCUGCUCCACAGACGGACGGAUGCAGAGCAACUGCUCUCUCGGUGGCGUGGGUGUCAUGUGCCCACUGACAGAACAAGGCAAGCAGCUGGCUAUCCAGGUGUCCAACAUCCUGGGCAUGGACUUCUGUGGCAUCGAUCUCCUCAUCAUGGAUGAUGGCUCCUUUACAGUGUGCGAAGCAAACGCCAACGUGGGUUUCCUAGCCUUUGACCAGGCCUGCAACUUAGAUGUGGGCGGGAUCAUUGCGGACUACACCAUGUCCUUGCUGCCCAACAGGCAGACCGGGAAGAUGGCUGCCCUCCCAGGACUGUCUAGUCCCAGGGAGAAGAAAGAGCCAGACAGCUGUGCUUCAGCUCAGGGAGUCACAGAGAGCGUCUACGCCAUCAACAGCGGGUCUACCUCUAGCGAGAGCGAGCCUGAACUGGGAGAGAUCCGGGGGUCCUCAGCAAGCCCAGCGGGGGCCCCAGCCCCCAUGCUGCCCGACCCUGGCUACAACAUUAACACCAGGAUUGCUUCAGAAUUAAAACUUAAGUGAAUUCCUGCUUUUUGGCAGCAUUGAAACCAAAUCCUACUGCUUCCCUAGUAGUUUUGAGCGAAUAAAAUCUGGACUAGUGUGAUUUCAUUUGCACAGAAACUAGAAAUCCCAUCUGGGCACUCAGCAUUCUUUCUAACGAUGAUUUAAGCAAAUGGCCUAGCUUUGCGGUUUUUAUAAACACUAAUAUAAAAACCCUCACCGAGAACAACAUCCCGACUGAUGGAUUUGAGACCGAUGUCUGCUGCAAGCAGUUGGACGUUACAGCUGACUGUGCUGUGCUUCUGGCUUUUAACAGUGGAGCCCAUUAACUCAGAACGGCUCCUGGAAAUACUGUACAAAAGAGCAACCACCGGACAGAGGCACGUGCAGAAGAGGUGGAAUGUGACUGCAGUUGUGUGCUCUUCAUUGUGUGUGUGUGUGUGUGUGUGUGUGUGUGAGAGAGAGAGAGAGAUACUCGGAGUAUACGCAGUCCCAGCGCUAUUAGAGAAUCAGUCUCUGUUCCCCAUCAAUCACCAUCUUGACCAUAUUUCUCUGACACUCAGGAUAUGGUGUUUUAAAGGGAGCUUCCUCCUUUGCAUCUUCAGUGAAGCACUUUGUAGAAAGUGAGAUUGAGCGUCCUUUGACUUCACUCGUUGGCAAACAUCCUGCUCUGUAACUGGGGCUUUCUACAGAUUGCUUUGCCACUCCAAAUAUAUAGAUCCUGCUUCAACUAACGCCAGCCCCAGCAGCCUCUUGCACCUUUGCUGCCUUUGACCUCAGCUGGAAAUGCACUUCAGUGACCUAGUGGCCACACACUUUCUUCCUUAAGCAUGCACUAGAACACCAUGGACUUCUUUUCAAUAGACUGUUCACUUGACAUUAGAAGCGAGUGGGUUUUUAAUCCUAGAAAGCUACUGGAAGAUAAUCAUUUCCCCCCCUCUUCUACUGAAACUUUAGGUACUUAGCUGUAGGAGAUUUUCUCAUAUGAGUCGGUGUUGUGAGCCUGUUGGGUAGCUAGAGCCAUUGGAAACACUCCAAUCCCCUUGACAUAACUAGUCUUACCCAGGUUCCAGAGACCAGUCCUUACCCACUUUUCCACACUGGGGAGACUCAGGUAUCAGGAA